AUGGCUCCAUUGAUACAGGAUGGCAUCGGUGCAACUGGAGUGACUUCAAUGCAGAGUGCAUACCACAACAGCCCGAGCCAGUUCCACAUACACAGCGAUGGCGAGAUCCGAGAGAAGAUCUCUGACCAUCGUUCGGAAGCCACAGAGCACCCAGCCCAUGGCACACUGGAAGACGCUAUGGAGCCCAUAGCCAUAGUUGGUAUGUCAGCAAAACUUCCGCAGAGUGCAACGUCUCCCGAAGCCUUCUGGAAGUUGCUGGAGGAGGGACGGUCUGCCAUGACAGAAGUGCCAUCAGAUCGCUUCAACAUUGAUGCUUUCUACCACCCCAACGGAGACAGGCUCAAUACUCUGAACGUCCGCGGUGGCCACUUUCUCCAAAGCGAUCUCGCAGAAUUCGAUGCGCCUUUCUUCUCGAUACCCAAGACGGAAGCCGAGUCGCUGGAUCCACAGCAACGUGGUCUCCUGGAAAGCACAUACCAUGCUCUGGAAAACGCAGGUAUCCCCCUAAAAGAAGCUGGGGGUAGUAAGACAGGAGUCUUUGUUGGAUGUUUUGCGAAGGAGUACGACACGAUAUUCUCGCGCGAUACAGAUCUACAACCCAAAUACCAAGCCUCUGGAACAGGCUCGGCUAUGCUUGCAAAUCGUCUAAGUUGGUUCUACGACCUGAGGGGCCCUAGUAUCACUCUGGACACAGCCUGUUCCAGCAGCCUCAACGCACUUCACUUGGCGUGUCAGAGUAUCCGCGCUAAAGAAUCAACGAUGGCCAUAGUUGCUGGAUGUAACGUUAUACUGAACCCGGAUACAAUUAUGAUGUCACUAUCUAAUCUCCAAUUCCUGUCUCCGGAUAGUCUUUGCUACAGCUUUGAUCACAGAGCCAACGGGUACUCCCGAGGCGAAGGCUUUGGGGUCAUAGUGCUGAAGCCUCUCUCGCAAGCUUUGUCAAACAACGAUACCAUACGUGCAGUAAUUCGAGCAUCAAGUUCCAACCAGGAUGGUCGCACCCCAGGAAUCACACAGCCUAGUGGAGAUGCACAGGCACUUCUUAUCCAAGAAACAUACGAAAAGGCAGGCUUGGAUCUGGGGACUACCAGGUUCUUCGAGGCCCACGGUACUGGUACACAGAUCGGUGACACGACAGAAGCUGCGGCCAUACAUUCAGUGUUUGGGAAGUACAGGAGUCCCGAAGAGCCGCUCAUCGUCGGGGCAGUCAAGUCUAAUAUUGGUCAUCUCGAGGGUGCGAGUGGACUUGCCAGUAUCAUCAAAACGGUACUGGCUUUAGAGAAGGGUGUGAUUCCACCCAAUACCAACUUUGAGAAGCCCAAUCCUCGUAUCCCAUUUCCAACAGAAAAUAUUCCAUGGCCCUCAAAGGGUCUUCGAAGGGCAUCUGUCAACUCCUUUGGUUACGGUGGAGCUAAUGCACAUGUCAUUUUAGACGAUGCAUAUCACUAUCUAAAAGUUCGUGGACUUCAAGGUCGCCAUCGAACAGCAGUACCAAGAGAUCCUAGGACACAAAGCGCUAGGUCCCUCAUUCGGCACUGGUCGGCAUAUCCCCAACCCAAGCUACUUGUUUGGUCUGCUGCGGAUGAGCAGGGGCCACAAAGAUAUGUGGAAGCUCUUAAGGCACAUCUUUCCGAGACCAAAGGAGCGGAUCAUGCUUAUAUCGUUGACCUCGCGUAUACACUGGCUUCGAAACGGAGUCGGUUACCAUGGAAGAGCUUUUUGAGGUUAGAUUCGACUACACUGUCCUCCACAGAUCUAUGGAGGCAGUGUUCGAAGCCAGUCCGCUCUUCCGGAAACGCUCCAGGCCUUGCAUUUGUCUUCACUGGACAAGGCGCUACCUGGUACGGGAUGGGCCGUGAGCUUCUAGCAGAACCUGUCUUCCAAGAGAGUUUGCAGCAAUCCGAUGCAUACCUGCGCAAGCUUGGCUCCAAGUGGUCCUUGAUCGGAGAGCUCCAGCAGGAUGAAACCUGCUCCAGAAUCGCGCUUUUGAGACUGUUGGAGAGCUGGAAUAUACGACCACUUGCCGUAGUAGGUCACUCUUCUGGAGAAAUAGCGGCAGCAUAUUGCAUAGGCGCGAUAUCGCACAGACACGCGAUUGCAGCAGCUUAUUAUCGUGGAACGCUCUCAGCCGAACUAGCCGCAGCAUUGACUGACACGCCAGAGACUAUGAUGGCGGUUGCACUGUCACCAGAGGAAACUAGCAAGCACAUACAUAUGACACAAUCAUACGGCUCUGUCUGCAUCUCAUGUGUAAACAGUCCGAAGAACGUCACAGUUUCGGGAAGUGUUUCAGCAAUCGAAGCCAUGCGAUCUAACCUGGAUACAGAGGGCGUCUUUGCCAGGCGUCUAGAUAUCAAAGUUGCAUACCAUUCGCCCACAAUGCAGAGGUUAGCUUUAAGCUAUCUGGAGCUUCUACAAAGUCUCGAUACGCAUGAUCCAGAGACGCCUAAAGAUACUGGUGUGAUAAUGUUUUCGUCUGUAACUGGUACACUCAUCUCGCACAAAGACGUACGCCGUGCUGAGUAUUGGGUCGAGAACAUGGUCUCCAGGGUCGAAUUCUCCAGUGCAUUAUCCGCCAUGCACAAGUACGUCAGUGCCACCGAUUGUAUUGUAGAAUUAGGACCGACUGGAGCGCUGAGACGGUCUGUGCUCGAAACUCUAGGUAAAGUGCUUUACGAAUCCGCUUUGAAAGUCGACCGCCCCGCAUACGAGACUAUCCUGGGUCUUGUGGGUGACCUGUGGAGUCGGGGCGUGCCCGUCGACCUCAUGGCAGUCAACGGCUUGACUGAGUCGAAUGCUCAAAUGCUGACUGAUCUACCCUCUUAUCCAUUCAACCACUCUCACAGAUACUGGUACGAGAGUAGAAUCAGCAAGAAUUUUAGGUUCCGCAAACAUGCGAGCCAUGAGCUCCUUGGCACCCAGGCGAUGGACUGGAAUCCGUUGGAAGCAAAAUGGCGGCACAUCAUCGACGCCAAGGAAAAUCCAUGGAUCAAAGACCACGGUUUCAACGGAUCACAGAUCUAUCCCGCGGCUGGUAUGGUCAUCAUGGCUAUUGAGGCUGCUAGGCAAGUGACUAAGAGCGACGGGCGCACGAUAACCGGCUUUCGUAUAAAGAACGUCUCGUUCGUCAAAGCUCUGGUCCUAUCGGAUAAAGACGAGACUCUCGAGACACACUUCUAUCUGCGCCCUCAGGAAGCCGCUCGAGAUACUUUUGGUGAAUGGUUCGAUUUCCGCCUGUGUUCGCUCAGCAACGAAGAGGGCUGGGUUGAGAAUUGCCGAGGCACGAUCAUCAUCGAAACAGAAGAAGAGGUCGUAGAAGUCGAUGAAGGCCUCGAGGCAGCCGAAAUGCGUCACUCAAUACUGCAAAGUCAUGCGCGUACCUUGUCCAGCUGUAAAUCAGGCGUCUCUUCGAAGCAGAUGUAUGAGAACCUGGCUACCUUUGGCUUUGAAUUCGGGCCUACAUUCCAAACUCUGAAGAAUAUAGGUUUCAGUGAGCAAGGUUACGCUUCUGCCUGUAUCGACACGCGCGAGUGGCAAACCAAAGUGCCGUCUAUCGCAUCCAAGAUCCAGAGCCAUCUCAUCCAUCCCACAGCUUUGGACGCGGUUUUCCACCUCACAGUCACCGCUAUUUCCAGAGGUGGGUGGAAACCCAUACCGACCAUGGUACCGACAUAUCUCCACGAGCUGUGGAUUUCAAGUAAACUGCUGCAUGAUCCAGAUGCGUCAUCGCUCCAGAUAUGCUCCGAGUCGCUAUCACGCGGUCUCAGAGAUGCUGAUUUCAACAUGACCGCUGUUGAUGAUCGGAGUGGAGACCUUGUCAUUACCGCUAGCCAGUACCGUGCCACAGCGAUCAGCUCCGUCGAUAUGAAUGCCCCAGGCGUGUCUUCUUGGCGGAGACUUUGCUUCAAGCCGGAAUGGAAGAUGGACAUUGCGACCGCAGACAACGACGCAGUCUCGCGUUACUGCAACAGUGCAGCAGAUUCUGUGGAUGUGCACUCUCAAGCAUCCGUUGACGAUGCUGAGCUGGUAUGCAUCUACUUCAUGCGUCAAACACUCGAAGCCGGGUGUACUCGCCACGUAUCCCAGCCCCAUUUGCAAAAGUACGUGGACUGGAUCAGACAUUACCCGCAGGAAGACUGCGCACAGGCUGUAUCGAGCUCCGAGAAGAUGCAACGGAUGCUAAACGACCAGUCUUACGCCGAUUCUGUGAUAUUGCAACUGGAAGCCAGCGGCCCGGAGGGUAAGGUCUACGUCACCAUCGGCAAGAUGCUUUCCGCCGUACUCCAGGAUGAAGUUGAUGUUCUUGAACUACUCUUUGGGGGCGGACUCUUGCAACAAUUCUAUAGUGGGAAAGCCUUUACAGCCAACUACGAGCGCAUGCGGGCUUACGUUGACCUCAUGGCUCAUAAAAACCCCAACAUGUCCGUUCUGGAGAUAGGUGCGGGGACGGGUGGUGCAACUGCCGCUGUUUUACAAGCACUGGGACCAUCGAACCCAAGCGAUGAGAACAGUACUCCGCGAUUCCAAGAGUAUGCGUACACGGAUAUAUCUGCUGGUUUCUUUGAGGAAGCAAAGAUCCGCUUCAAGGACCAUACAAGUCGUCUAGCCUUCAAGACUUUGGACAUUGAAAAAGAGCCGCAAGCACAGGGUUUCGAGGAGGCAAAGUACGAUCUGAUCGUCGCAUCAUGUGUCUUGCAUGCCACAGCCGAUAUCCAACAAACGUUACAACAUACACAGUCUCUCCUGAAGCCCGGAGGAAAGCUCUUGCUCUUCGAACCCUGCCAGCUAUCAUGUGCGCGACUGUCCUUUGUGUUUGGUCUGCUGCCAGGCUGGUGGCUGUCAAAGGAGCAACAUCGUCGCUGGGGUCCGCUACUGAGAGAUGAACAGUGGGACGAAUCUUUGCGCAGUUGUGGCUUCUCUGGUAAUGAUCUUUGCUUGCGCGAUCAGGAGGGUCCGCAACACACAUUCAGCGUGAUGGUUUCCUCCAAGACGGUUCCUUCUGCAGUAAACGGCGCUUCAGCAAGGAUAAGUAUUAUUGUCGUCGAUACCCACUCACAGAUGCAGAUGAUGGUAGCAGAAAGUCUCCAAGCCUCUGCUCACACAAUGGCGGGCUUGGACUGCACAGUUAUGUCACUGCAGGAUAUUGCCACUUCUAGCAUGGAGAGCUACUUUUGUAUAUCACUUCUGGAGCUUGAAACGCCUUGUCUAUGGCAGAUAGGCAGUGAAGGAUAUGCCAGCCUCCAACAUCUCGUCAAGAACUUUAGGUGCGUCCUGUGGGUAACCGGCGACCCCACUCAGGACCCCCGUAUGGGAGUUGCGACAGGCUUCGCCAGGUCUAUGUGUUCCGAAAAUGAUGCUCUCGAUUUCAUCUCACUCGCACUCCGAAAUCUAUCGAGAAAAGAAGAUGUGGUCUCGACAAUCUUGAAAGUAGUGCAAUCAUCCCUCAGAUCACCAGAUGGUCAAUGUGAGCAGGAAUACCAGGAAGAUGAUGGCUUGCUCCACAUUAACCGAAUCAUUGAGUCCAACGAUGUCAGCAAUGUUGUACACAAGCAAGCUGUACCGCAGAAGGCCGAGCUACAUCUUUUUGGAACUGAUCGAACCCGGCCUCUCUCACUUAACACGGCAUCGCCAGGAUUGCUCUCCGCUCUGCAAUUCGUCGAUAGCCCCUUCAAAUCAGAGCUAGAGGCCGAUGAGAUCGAAGUCGCUGUGAAAGCAGUGGGUAUCAAUUUCAAGGACGUGAUGAUUGCGCUAGGACAGAUACCCGAUGCCUCCCUAGGCCAAGAGUGCUCUGGGGUGGUAACCGCUGUUGGCGCUGCAGUACACGACAGCGAAUUCCGUGUGGGAGAUCGCGUCUGCUGCGUGACUCGAGGCGCGUUCAGAAAUCUUGCCCGAGCACAUCGAUUUGCGAUAUCAAAAAUACCCGACGAAAUGUCUUUCGCCACCGCUGCUGCGAUACCAGUGGCCUUCUGUACUGCAUGGUAUUCGCUCGUUCAUCUAGGUCGUCUACAGGCAGGCGAAACUAUCUUGAUCCAUGCGGCAGCAGGGGGAGUUGGCCAAGCUGCUAUACAACUUGCAAAGGCGGCUUCUGCAGAGAUAUAUGUCACUGUCAGCAGCAAUGAGAAGAAGCGGCUGUUGAUGGAACUAUAUGGCAUCCCUGCCGACCAUAUCUUCUCCAGUCGCCACAUCUCCUUCGCCCAAGGCUUGAAACGCAUGACAAAAGGUCGCGGAGUGGACGUUGUCUUGAACUCACUUUCGGGAGAAUUUCUCAAAGCCUCCGUCGAUUGCGUGGCUCCUUUAGGUCGCUUUGUCGAAAUCGGAAAGAAAGACAUGUACUUUCGUUCACAGAUGUCAAUGUCGCCUUUCCUACAAGGCAUAUCUUUUUUGGCUGUCGAUCUGGGGGUGAUCGCUGACAGGGCGAAGCCCCUGAUGAAGGAGUUACUAAAUCGGGUCAUGGGAUAUUUCACCAAGCAAAAGAAUACGAUGCAGCCCCCGCAACCCUUGACGGUCUUCUCCGGCUCCCAAUUGGAAGAAGCAUUUCGGACUCUGCAAAGUGGCCGCAACUCUGGAAAGGCAGUGAUAGCGUUCAGUCCCGAGGACCUGGUUCCAAUCGUGCCGACUUCGAGACCAGGGUGGUCAUUCGCCUCAGAUGCCACUUAUGUUAUUGCUGGUGGAAGCGGUGGGCUGGGCAGAAGCAUGGCGCGAUACAUGGCCACGCAUGGGGCAAAGCACAUCCUGCUCUUGUCGCGAUCCGGUUCAGAUUCGCCGCAGGUCUCUGAACUUAUUCGAGAGCUACAGCAAGACGGCGUUACAGUAGUUGCGCCAUCAUGCGACGUUAGCGAUGCGCAUGCCUUGGAAACCGUAAUUCAUGACUUGCACGACCAAAUGCCGCCUAUCCAAGGAUGUAUUCAAGGGUCUAUGGUAUUAAGGGACGGACUUUUCGAGAACAUGUCUCACGACAACUUCCUCGCCGCCUUACGACCGAAGAUCCAGGGUACCUGGAAUCUACACAACUCGCUCCCAAGCGGAAUGGACUUUUUCGUUCUCCUUUCCUCGACCGGUGGUGUUUUCGGUAGCCGUGGUCAAAGCAACUACGCAGCUGGCAGCACCUAUCAAGAUGCGUUCGCAAAGUAUCGCGUAUCCCUCGGAGAGAAAUGCAUUUCGCUCGAUCUUGGUCUGAUGCUCGCCGUUGGAUUCGCCGCCGAAAGGCAACACAUCACCGAUUCACUGCGGACCGUAGGGUACGAAGGCAUCCACGAAAUCGAAUUUCACGCAAUGUUGGAUCACUUCUGCAAUCCAGAUCUUCCACUCCAAGACCCAACCAAGGCGCAAAUCGUCACUGGCGUUGCGACGCCGGCGUCGCUAGCCGCCAAGGGGCUCGGUGAAAUCUUCUGGAUGUCCAAGCCCAUCUUCCAAAGCCUCCGUCAAAUGGACCGACAGUUCUCUGUAUCGAGGACUGUCAGGGAAGAGGGUGCAAAUUACCGAGCACAAAUCGAACAAGCAAUGUCUCAACAAGGCGCCGGACACAUUAUCGCGCUCGCACUCGUAAGAAAGCUAUCCGCAGCUCUUAACAUGCCCAUCGCCGAUAUUGAAGUGGAGAAGCCGGUAUACGCGUAUGGUGUUGAUUCCUUGGUCGCAGUGGAGAUUCGCUAUUGGUUUUUGAAAGAGUUCAAGGCCCAGAUCGCUGUGUUUGAGAUUAUUCGGAGCGAAAGCAUUGAGAAACUGUGUCUUCUCGUCGCUUCCAAGACACAGUAUCAGCAAAGAUGGAACUAG